AUGAAUAUCUCCAACAGAUCGAUGUCUGGCUUAUUCCUUGUUUGUUUUCUGAUCUUGCGCAGCAGCUGGCGUCAUGCAGGAACCACACCUGCCAAGGAUGAUGGUGAAUUUAUUGUUCACGGUUAUUGUCAUCAUUUCCGAUCUGAUAAACCUCUGGCCUCCUUGAAUGUUUUACACUAUCUAUCUAUCUAUCUAUCUAUCUAUCUAUCUAUCUAUCUAAGUUUGUUUCUAUCUAUCUAUCUAUCUAUCUAUCUAUCUAUCUAUCUAUCUAUCUAUCUAUCUAAGUUUGUUUCUAUCUAUCUAUCUAUCUAUCUAUCUAUCUAUCUAUCUAUCUAUCUAUCUAUCUAUUCCUUUAAGACAACCAAAUCUUCACCUUUCUUAUUUCUUUCUGAUUUCUGUUUAUUUUACUCAUUGGACAACAUUUUUCCUUCUUUUUACAUUAUUUUUCAUGAAAUCUAUCGGGGAUUUAAUGUGUGGCGUUGGCCGAUUUUCUCUGCAAUAGAAUCAAAUCGAUCAUAUUUUUGCGAUAGCACAGUAUCAUAUAUCCUUAACGAAAACAACAGGAAAAGAACUGCGAACAUCGCAACUUGUCGUUCACUGCUCCCGAAUACAGCUCGGAAGCAACAAGGCAUAAAAGAAACACCGACCAUUCCAGUCCUCACUGAAUAUCGGCCAUGUUGUUCGCUUGUCCGCACGCAUGCGCUUUUGUGCCUUCGCGCGAACAAUACUCUGCGUCCAUCAAUCAGUUGCGUUACAGGAAGAUAUUCCAUUCUAUUGAUGGGCCUGCCUACUGUUUAG